AUGGAUUACAGCGGGCUGGUAGUCUCUGGCUUCCAGGCCCAAAAGAUCCGAUACACCGUCUUCGGAGCGCCGGUCCUCGAGCUCUACAACCUGAAAGUCGACUACCCCGACUUCAGCGGCUAUGUCAUCCCCGACAAGCAGAUCGAGCAGGCCUACCAAGCGCUCGAAGAGAACGGACUCGAACGCUGCACACAUGGCGUCGACUGCCCAACCAUGACGGGCCACGAGCAACCGCCCACCGACAUAGCUCACUUCCAUUACCCCGGGGAGGUCAAGCGAAUUGUGGUGAGUGGCGGUCGCGAAUCCAGCACCGCAAGGGAUCUCACUGACUCGGCAUCAGAAUGCUCCGCUUCGAGCGACGACGACGACGACGCCGCCGCCUACCAGCCGAAGCUGACCGUGCGGAUCUACCGCAAGAGCGUGUACAUGUGGCAGGCGCGCGACCCGCCGCUGCGGCGGCCCCGCGCCGUGCACGUGGACUACGUGCUGAGCGGCGAGGGCGAGAACCGGCUGCAGGACACCGGGCGCAGCGACGUGAUCCUGCCCAGCUUCGCCUGCUGGACGGAGACCCUCUUCCUCAACCUCUGCCGCGACCUGAUCGGGGGCAGCGUGCUGCAGGAGCUCUGGCUGCGCGAGCUCGAGAAGGUGGCCGUCUCCACGCAGGACAACAGCUACCUGGACAUCGAGCCGCCGUUCGGCGACCUCCUCUACAGCAUUAAGGAGAACCUCCGCCUGCAACGCGACCCGCUCUCGGUCAAGGCCCGACGUAAGCUUCGGGAGGUCUACGAUGAGCUGCGCCGGACCGGGGAGAUGCCGAAGACGCAGGGAGCCCUGUACUCGGACCUGAGCCUCGAGCCGCCACAGCUGGAAGUCGGCAGCGAGGACGGCGACGGCGACGGCGACAGGACUCCUACUGCCCGGCAGUCCUAUGGUUCGGAUGAAGGUUCCGGGGAAACGCUGAAGACUGAAAGUCGAUCUAGCGAUGGGAGUGAGAUCGGGACGCCUACCGGGUCGUCAGACGGCGGAGGCGGGUCCAACGAGGGCAGUCCUGAGGCCAGUUCUAGUGAGGCCGUUUCUAGCAACGCCGGUUCUAGCAACGCCGGGUCUACCGAAGGCGGCUCAAGUCAAUCCACCAGCGCUGGUGAUGAUUGA